AGCGGCGGAGGAGAAGACGGAGAAGAAGAAGCCUCCCGUCCGCCAGCUGCCAGCUCCGUGAAACAAACAUGACGCUGUUGUCAACUACGAUGUUCUCAGUACAGCUGGACUAAAAGUACGACACUGAACACAACGAGGGACGUUGGAUAUUGUGUUUGACAACAUUUGUGGCAAACUGUUGUCUCGUCACAACACCAUUUUAACAAGUUGAAGAGAGGACUGCAAACGCGGCAAUGCCUCUGAUGUUUUUGGAGAGGUUUCCAUGGCCCAGCCUGCAGACCUACACAGCACUGAGUGUGGCUUUGCUUGCUGGCAGCAUCUUCAGUGCCUACACCACUGUGACUGACCCGGGGUUUGGGGCCCUGGACGCUGAUGAAACACCGGCUCCCUCUGAUGUGGAUCUUGAACACCUAAACAAUGACAUUAGUAACACAGAAUUGGCAACCACUGUCCUGUGGUACCUUGUCACAGACAGUCUCUUUGUAUGGGUCUUAGUGAACACUUUCUGCUGCUCUUUGAUGUUAAUUGCUAAAAUGAUUCAGUAUGUGGUGUUUGGCCCGCUCAGAGUCAGUGAGAAGCAGCACCUGAAAGACAAGUUCUGGAACUUUAUCUUCUACAAGUUCAUAUUCAUCUUUGGCGUUUUGAACGUGCAGACAGUGGAGGAGGUGGUCAUGUGGUGUUUAUGGUUCUCUGCCCUGGUCUUUCUCCAUCUCAUGGUGCAGCUCUGCAAAGACCGAUUUGAAUAUCUGUCUUUCUCGCCCUCGACUCCCAUGAACAGCCAUGUGCGAGUGCUUUGUCUGCUGGUCUCCCUGCUGCUGGACUGCUGUGGCCUGGCUGUGGUCUGCGGCCUGCUGGGAGCUUCUCAUGGCAUGCACACCCUCUCCUUUAUGGCAGCAGAGUGUCUGCUGGUGACUGUACGCACUGGACAUGUCAUCAUGCGAUACUCCAUUCAUCUGUGGGAUCUGAAGCAUCCAGGGACUUGGGAGGGUAAGGGAACGUAUGUCUACUACACAGACUUCAUCAUGGAGCUGGCUAUGCUCUUCCUGGACCUCGUUCAUCAUAUACACAUGCUGCUCUUUGGUAACAUCUGGCUGUCUAUGGCAAGCUUGGUUAUCUUCAUGCAGCUGCGGUACCUCUUCCAUGAGGUCCAGCGCCGCGUGCGCCGUCACAAGAACUACCUCCGUGUCAUCAACAACAUGGAGGCCAGAUUUGCUGUUGCCACUGCAGAGGAGCUUGCAGCUAAUGAUGAUGAUUGUGCCAUCUGCUGGGAUGCCAUGUUGACAGCACGCAAACUACCCUGUGGACAUCUCUUCCACAACUCUUGCUUGCGCUCGUGGCUCGAGCAGGACACCUCUUGUCCUACUUGUCGGACAUCCCUGAACAUUAAUGGGGACGGGGGCCAGGCCAGAAACCAGCAGCAGGGUGGCGGCAUGGAAGACAACAUUGGCCCAGUCGGGGCUGCUGCAGAUGCCAGACCACAUAUCAACCAACACAAUCACUUCUUCCACUUUGAUGGAUCUCGCAUUGCCAGCUGGCUGCCCAGUUUCUCUGUGGAAGUAAUGCACACCACCAAUAUCUUGGGCAUCGCUCAGGCAAACAACUCCCAGCUUAUGGCCAUGGCCCAUCAGAUCCAGGAGAUGUUCCCUCAGGUGCCCCCCUACCUGGUUAUGCAGGACCUGCAGUUGACUCGCUCUGUGGAGGUCACUACUGACAACAUCCUGGAGGGACGCAUCCAGGUGCCUUUCCCAACACAGGCCAUAGAGCGUGGCCCCUCACAGGCAAACUCUGCAUCAGAAGAGGAUGAAGGAGCCAGUGGAUCAGCUGAUCAGGGCCUCAGCGAGUCGGACAACAUGGAAGUGAGAGGAGGACGUUUUUCUAAGUCAGCAGAGGAGAGGCAGAAGAUGUUAAAGCAGAGGAAAGAGGAGCUGCUCCAGCAGGCACGCAGGAGGUACCUGAACAAGAGUCCAGAGGACCAGGACGAGGAUUUGCCUGGACUGGAGGAGGACAUUGCUCCAGAUUUUAACUUGACUGUGCUGAGACGUAGAACCAUGGCGGCAGCUGCAGAGAGACGCAUGCAAAAUCAGCAAGACCCUGCACCCUGAAACAAAGAUUGGCCUCAGCAGAACAGUCUACGACAUCAUCAUCCCAACAGGCACAGACAGAGCUGUUUUGACCCCCCCAUUCACCAUUAAUUGUACAGUCAGUGGUCAUCACCUAUUAAAUAUUUAAAAAGCAUCGCAAACAUGGCCUUUGGACUGUUUUGGGCCGUCUAAAUAAGAUGGGGCUAUUGUGAAUGGCUCCUGCCUCACUGAUUACAGAAUAUUCUGAGCAUAUUAUAAAUUAUGGGUGCAAGAAAUGCGAAGUUGCUUCGCCCUCUAUUCACGUGCCACACAUUGCAACCACCAGCUCAAGUGGGGAGUCAGUAUCUGCUGUGAUUGGGACUGGUUGUCAAAAAAUGAGCAUGCUUUGCAUUCAGAAGAGUCUUUUAUGAGAGCGGUUUGAAGGUGUUAUUACUAGAUAAAGCUGUUUGGGUCCUUGUUUGUCUUCAUUUUAUCUGACUUUUUUUUCAUUUGUGUUGCUCAUGGCAGAGAGCUAUAUAUUCUGGAUGAAGAAACUCAUCUGAUGUAUUUGUGUGUUAUUCUUCUAUGAGUUUCAACUGUGAAUUUAGUGUAGGCAAAUUAACAACACACUUUUAUUUCUUACCUUUGAGUAAGAGAAUGUCACUUUAGUAUUGGUCAGCCUUUCUGUCAAAUAUGAAUGUUUCUAUCAAAAAUAAUGCUGCAAACAAAGUGUUUUUGAGCCACAAGGGUUCUGUGUCUAGUGUGAAAUAUCACCCAUUGCAACUAUUUGCAUUUUGUUAUUUAACAAGGGGGGUGGGCCUGUAAAUCUUUGUUUUCUAUUACUGUUCCCUUGGAAUACAAAAGACAACUGAGGGGGGUGUAUUACAUUUUGUACAAGUACAAUGGGCGUCAUCCUCUUAGUUUUUCUUGAAUUAACCUCUGUUCACGAGCAGUUCUCCCUGAGUAAGAAAAUGUUAUUUUGCAGUAUAAUAAUGGAGUCCUUUGCCAUCUGUGUCCAUCAUGAUUUUUACGGUAUGUAGAUGUUAAGUCUUCGACAGCCGGACUUGCUAGACAGUCUUCUGAAGAUGCUUUGUGACAACAUUUUUAAGACCUAACAAUAAAUCAACUUGCCUUUGGCUUGACACUUCUAGAUAUUCUAUGAUUUUAAAUGACAAAGAAUCAUGAAAAAACUCAAGGGUGCUUUAUUUGUGCGGCCUUUGUCUACUCACAUUGAGGAGUGCUAAUUUAAAAUCAUACCAGCGAGGAACAUAAUCAUCCUCUGCUCAAAGAUCUUUUUUCGAAUAGGGCUGCUGAAACAUUUUAGGUCAAAUUUCACUAAAUCUGAAGCUGACUGAGAAAUAUCGCCAGACACAAACAUUGGAACUGCAUUAUAAGUGUUGGAUUUAUUGUGAUUACACAGCAAGGACAGAUUGAGGUGAGAUAUGCAUGAAUAUAGACAAGUGCUUUUGUUUCCUUCCACUUUAUCCCAAAGAGCAGCCCACAGACUUCCAUGUAAAGCUGAAGUGUUGUGAUCUUCAUUGUGUGUUUAUUUUAUUGCUCAAACUCUGUUUGGGGAGUAUUGUAAAAGGGUAUGAAACAGGAUUUAGAUUUCAAUUAGUCAAAUGUGACUGAAAAACAAUUGAAAUUGGACAUUUUUGUUUUCAUUUUUUUUCCAUGAGGUUAUUUAACAAUUCUUAAUAUCCAUGGUCUAUUUUCCUAUUCAUUGGUUAUCUUUCAUAACCAUUACUUAUUUAAUCAGAACUGAAAUACUUUUUGAACUGAGCUUUCCUGUAUUUUUGUGCCUAAAUCAAGAAUGGUUCAGUUAAUGGAUAAUUUCUGUCAAUCUAGUUUUUGUAAAAUAUGUUAAUACAAAAGACUCAAUAAACAGAGCUUCUACAGCUUUUUAACAAAA